CAUCAAUGUGUUGUUGAAACACUCUUAAAAAGGCUUAUCAUUUUAACAGACUCUACAUUUGUCAGCCAAAAUGUUGAACGGCUCUCGCUUUGAACUGGCAAGUAUAGAGAGGCGUCGCAACAAUGAGCGAGAAAGAAAAGAGAGAAUUUUUAACGAUAAACUGAGAACCAUCGGUAUUGACAAGGAAGGCCUUGACAAGCAGCUGGAUGACAAGAAGAAAGGGAAGGAUGCAGAAAGACUUGAACAGGACACCUUUGAGGCCCAAUUUCUACAUAAUAGCAAGCAAGCGUACCUUCUUCAAAAGAAAGAAGAAAAGGAGAGACGUGCAAAGGAGAAGACCAGUUUACUGGAACAGUAUGAGCGUGCAAGGCAGGAGGAGUUGGACAGGGACGACUCUGAAGAAGUAGUUGAACACAUGAUGCCUCCGGGAAUGGCAGGUGAGGACCCGGACAGCGAAAGCCGAAUAUACAGGCAGAAGGAGCAACUGAGGGAGUGGCUGUUACAGCAACAGACAGAGCAAGCCGUGGAGAAAGAAAGACAGAAUAUGGAAAAGUUGGACAAUGAAAAAUUCAGAGUACAUAUGGAUAAUGUAGCUCUGCAGCUGGAAAACACUGAAAUGGAGAUGCGGAAACAGAACGCUGUCAAAAUGAAUGAGUUCAAUCACGCCAUGGCUGAAGAGAGACAACGGCAAGAACGGGAGCUCACAGACGACCCCAGAGAGAUACAGCCGAGUCAGGUGGGAGUACCUGGUAUUUUUCACAGCUAUGAUAGGAGGCCACGUCCCGAGAGCUAUCAGCAAAUGAAAAAGUUCUGGAACCUUCAAGUUGAAGAGAAAAUGAUGACAAAGUUAGAGGGGAUCAGAGAAAAGCAACAAUAUGCUCGUUGGUGCUCCAACACGGCACGUACGGCUCUGAUCAUACAGAGGCAGCAGGAACGACAGAAGAAGGAGCUGCGGCAAGAACUGGACCACAACAACAGCACCACUGCUGAAUUUGACAGACGCAACAGACCCGACAUUAAAAGAGGACGAAUCGAUGAAAGUUUCUUUGCCAUGUUCAACACUUGCAGUCGCUGA